AUGCCGCGGGCCCCCUACGGCGUAGCCCUGGGUGCCCAGCUCAGUGUGGGCUAUUCCAACCCAGGCAUCACCACAUGGAGUGGGUGUGACUCUCCCUUUUACUGGAGUGAGGAGGACAUUGGCACUGCCGGGGCCCUCGAGGCCUCCAGACGCCGCCACAUGACAGGAGAGAAGGAGAACCACAUAGCCCUGAAGGAGGCGGCCAGAUCUGCUCUAGAACAGUCCUCCUGUCCUCUGGUGCUGGGUGGGGAAGGGCUAGAAGAGGGGAAGCCAAGGCAGACUCUACCAAGGCAGCAGCGGGACCCAAUCUCAGCCAGGCCAACGUGUCCUCUCACAGACUGGUCACCCCAGGCAGGGCUGGGCCCACAGUGGGCCCACAGCACCCUGGCCCUGGAGGGCCCUGCAGAGCAAAGCCAAGCCGCCUUCGCCUGCCACGUCAGAACCUGCUGGGGGAAGCCGCCCUUGACCAAGCACCCCUCUAGAGGCCAGAGAGAUCUGAGCUCCCCCCGCCACCGCCACCGAAGCCUGUCUCACUGUCCAUCUGCAGGGGAGAGGGCCGAGGCUGGGGAGGCGGAGGGCUCGGCAGGGACCACAGCCCUGAACCUGUUUUCAGCAGCCAUUCCCCUUGGCCUGAGAAAGAGCCACGCUGUGACCCCCAUCUCCUUCCCCACUCAGCAGGGCAGCACCUCCUGCCUCAGGCCUGACCAGCCCAGCCCCGGUCACCCAGCCUGGUGGGCCAUGACCCGGCACAGGGUAGCCCUAGGGUGCAGACCAGCCAGACGAAGUGCCACAGCCUGGGCCUCCUCAGAAGGGACACCCCGGAUGCCUCUGGUCUGCCAGUGUCCGGAAAGCACGGUCAGCGUCAGGAGACUUCCCACCCACCUGACCCCAGCGGGCCCUGUGGCCCACCCUCCUGUUGGGCAGCACCGUCCAGUGCCUCUGGGGCUCCACUCAGCCCUGGCCUUCCUUGCCCCGCUUCAUCCCAGGCUGUGGAACCCUCGUCCCACAGGUGUCCAGAGAUGGGCCAGUGCCCUGGACAGCAGGUGCCCCCUGGAGCUUGUGCCUGGUCGUGAACAGGCAGAGUUGAUGGGCGUUUGACAGGGCGCUCCGAACACCGAGAGCAGCAGCACCGCUGCCCGCAGGAGGGUCCGCAGCCUGCGCCCUGCACACCAGCCCCAGCCUUUCCUGCACACGCUGCACCCUCCACAGCUGCCCUCAGGGGGCGGCUGCGGACAGGUCUCUCAGGGACACCCCGGCUCCGCGCCCUUGGUCUCGAGCACUGGUCUCUGAACCCUGCUUCCAGCUCAAUGCACCUCCUCACAUGGAGCCCCAGAUAAGAGGCAGAAGCUUCCAGAAGGUGCAGAGGGGAGCCAGCCCAUGGGCAAGCCCUACUGUGCAGCUCUGGCUAAGCUCAGGGACACAUCCCGAACGGCCACCUGGCCACCCGUGGCAGCUCCCACUUCUGCAAAAAGCAACACACUGGUUAAAAGUUGUGUCGAUGGAACCCCCCCGGAGCCGGCAUCCAGGCGCUCCCCACGCGACCCGGGUUUGCUUAACGGGUAAUCGCAGACACUCAAGUUUGUGUGUUAAGGGAGGUUUAGGACAAUUUAAUAGCUCAUAAAGUUUUAUAGUCCCAGUUGAAA